AUGGGCUUCAUGCUUGAUGAUUCCCCGGCCUGUAUUCACCAGUCUGAGAGAGAGAGAGAGAGAGAGACAGACAGACAGAGGAGUGAGAGAUAG